CCGGAGGUAGAAGUGAGGCCUGCUGUUUUCUCACCGCAGCCUCCUUCCUGUAGCCCGGUUGAGGAAGUGAAUUUCGCUGACAGGGCUGGGUUCAGUGAGGGAGAGGCGAAUAAAACAUCUUCCACUGAGGGAACUAAAACAAAUAACACGAGAAGAAUAAAAGCCGAGUGGAGCCAGGUGUAUAGCCACAGCGAAGCUAAGGUGUACAGCCGUUGGUGAAACCGUUUCCCCGCAGAGACCGUCGCAGACAUGAACGAUCAACAGUUGGACUGUGCUCUGGACCUGAUGAGGCGUCUGCCUCCUCAGCAGAUCGAGAAGAACCUCAGUGACCUCAUUGACCUGGUGCCCAGUCUGUGCGAGGACCUCCUCUCCUCAGUGGACCAGCCCCUGAAGAUCGCCCGCGACAAAGUGGUGGGGAAAGACUACCUGCUCUGUGAUUACAAUCGAGAUGGCGACUCCUACAGAUCCCCAUGGAGUAAUAAGUACGAACCUCCCAUUGAAGAUGGUGCAAUGCCUUCAGCUCGGUUGAGGAAACUUGAAGUGGAAGCAAACAACGCCUUCGAUCAGUACAGGGACCUGUACUUUGAGGGUGGCGUGUCCUCUGUGUAUCUCUGGGACUUGGAUCAUGGCUUCGCAGGAGUUAUUCUCAUCAAAAAGGCCGGCGAUGGAUCCAAAAAGAUUAAAGGAUGCUGGGACUCCAUUCAUGUGGUGGAGGUGCAGGAGAAGUCUAGCGGUCGCACUGCUCACUACAAACUCACCUCCACCGUCAUGCUGUGGCUCCAGACAACCAAGACCGGCUCUGGCACCAUGAACCUGGGAGGCAGCCUUACAAGACAGAUGGAGAAAGACGAGACGGUCGGAGAGUCCUCACCUCAUAUCGCUAACAUCGGCCGCCUUGUUGAAGACAUGGAGAACAAGAUUCGCUCCACACUGAAUGAAAUCUACUUUGGGAAGACCAAGGAUAUCGUUAACGGCCUAAGAUCUAUUGAGUCUUUGCCCGAUAAUCAAAAGUACCGGCAGCUCCAGAGGGAGCUGUCGCAGGUCCUCACUCAGCGUCAGAUCUUCAUUGACUAGGGUCAGAGGAGCGUUCAGAGUCAGGCUGACAAGCAACAGAAGGAGGCUCUGAAGGCCGACUUAGUGAAGGCCCUCAAAAACAAACAUAACGGCUAGAGAAGCUACCGUCGGUUCUCCUCUUCUCUCUCUCCCUCGCUCCACCUCAUUUCUGCCGUCUUUUCUUUCUGUCUCUCCCUCCGUACCCGUUUCAGUGCUGCACUCUUUUUAUUUGUUGAAAACAAAAAGGAAAAAAUGCUUUGCUUUGUAUGUUUUGUUUUUUUUCUCCAUCUUACGUUUCAUCUGCCAUUAAGCCAUUCAGUCUCGCUCCGUUUCUCUCCGUCUCCCAUGUUGUUGAUAGUAUUACCACGGUUAAUGAUAAUCCUACAGCGUGAGGAUCCUUGUAGUAAUUAUCCCUGGUUUAAAGAAAAGAAAACAGGAGCGACUCUGGACUCGGACACAGACUGAGCUGUAGUGGCUGUAGGCUUGGCGGUGGUUUCGUUUUACUCAUCGGAUUUAUCUCCUGCUCCUAUUUUGUCUACGACUCUCUCCCCGAUAUAUUUGUAUAGAAUAUAACUGUCCACAUAUAUCUAUCGGCCUUCCAAGGGAUGUAAACAUGAGGGCGUCCUUUCGUUCUGCACAACCAGGUUUUGACUUUGUUUUCCUCUUUCUGCAUGCAUGUGAGCCUGUGUGGGAGCAUGGGGAUGGACUGUUAUAAUCACCCUGGACACAACACCCCACUCCAAACAUGCACACAGAGAAACAUCACAGUUACUUCCCCCUCUAUUCUUCUUCUCUCUCUUCAUCUUCUGAUUUUUGUUGGGGGUCACAGUUUGUCUUUGUGUCUCAGAGGAAACAUUUGUUUCCAUUUUGGAGGGGAAUCUUUUGUUCUUUUUUUUUUUUUUUUGUCUUUUGUAAAGCUUAUGAUUCAUAUUGUAUUAGAGCCUCCAGCAACAAUAAAAACUGUAAAAGCUA